CUGGUUUUUGUUCCCUGAAGCACAGGGCGUAUUGGGGUGAGACAAGGAUGUUUGUUGCAUACAAAGGAGCAAAAGGAGUGCAAAAAAGGACUGCAAAACACAUUUCUUCUUUGUGAAACAUCGAGAGCCCGCGGGAGCAAGAGAUAAAAUAAGGAAGGUAUUUGGUUGGCUGAGUUUGUUCUAUAACAUACUCUUGAAAAAUAGGAGAUAACCAUAAUUUUCCGUAUGAUCUGUGUGUAGAUCAUUUAGCACGGCACGUUCUCUAUCUGAAGGUGAUAUACAAGAUUUUCGUUGAUCUGCCCUAAUAAUAUACAGGCUCUUUUGAAUGCUGAACUUUCUAGUAAUGCUCCUAAGGCCAGGCGAGACCCUAGACAUGUGCGUAUCAUGUGUCUUUGUAUCCCUCGACGGCGGCCUCCCUUCAGCAGAAUCGCACAGAUGGAAUCAUGGCUGCCCGCCUUUCCUGUCUGCCGAAAUUUUUGAUAGCAUCGCAUUCAUCCAUGCUCACAAAGCUUCCACCCAGUUGUGUUGCAGGAGUUCCGCAACAGUAUUGUGCGUUGCAUUUUUUUUCGAGUCGGUGAUAGCUGUUCCUGCCUUUCCUACGACUUGAUGGCACCUAUGUCUAUGUUAUCCAGUAAGUGACAGAUUCCGAGGGCGGAAAAGUAACUAUUACCGAAUGGUCACCAAAGCAGGGAAUCCAUAAUCGAGCACUCUCCAACCAGCCGGACUGCCACUUGGGAAAAAACUAUUCAUCAGUAAUAAGCAUGUAUCGUACUUGCGUGUAGAUUGAUAGCCACGAAACAAAAAGGCACCUUUUCGCCGUUUUCCUCCUUCGUGUUAUCGGUAUUGGCUAACCCACAGGAUCAAUUAAGGAGGUUGCUGGCCCCGCUGGCCGCUGCUAGCUCAGGCAGAAGGAGAGCAAGCCGAGCCUGCUUGCCUGAGUCCCUGGAUGCCUACCAGCUAGCCAGCAGCACGCCACCGUCAAGAAGCUGCUGCAACAGCGGCACUGUCAUGUCCUCAGUACGAAAGGGACUCGCCGGUCGUGUUCUAUGCGAUGUGCGCGGUGGAUCUUGUAUGUUUGUAUAUGUUUUGUGUGUUAGGUGACGGGACUGCAGAGAGAGGUAACCGUUCGUUGUCAGCCACUGUUCUCCAUCGAGCAAAAAAACGACGUGAUUCAUUGGCGCUGUUUCGCCGCUGCCGUGAGCUUCUCUCUUUUUCACAGUGGUUGCCGUUGCAGACUACAACUCUGCGAUAGUAGUUUUCCAUUUCCUUCCUCUUUCCCAAAUAUGCCAUGCGUGGACGGACUGGCGCUGCUCGCGUUUGAGUCUCUGCCUUCGGAGAUGGUCAUACAGUGAACGCGUGUGCAGUUGCGCACUAGCAGCCAGCUGCGACAGCGACAGUGGCCCUCUUUCAUUAUAUGCUUAGUAAAAUGUGGCCGUAGUACUACUGAUCGCUAGCGUUAGCUAGAGUGCAAACGUUGUAAGCAGGCGCCUGUUGACGCGCGCUUGAUUUCUGCUGCAAAAGCGCUAGCAGGCGACGGUAAGAUCAACGGCUGCGCACCAAGCGCCGUAGUCUCAGCGAGCUUUCGGAAUUGCACUGCUGGUGACUGCGAUAACUUCGUCAGCUUUCUGCUGUUUCAGCUUUACCUCAGAGCAGCGGCGAGGCCAAUAGCAGAAAGUUGGUUACUGCAGUGAACAGUCGACACAGCGUAGCCUGCGUCAGCAUCAACGUUACGAUGAUGAUCUUCAAGAAGACUUGAAGAAUCGGGUCCCCUCGAACGCUCUUUCCUGCUGCUUCUGUCGCUACUUUGUUAUCGCUGCUCGCAUCUGUCAAGCGGUGCCAGAAAGAGCCGCAUGUCGGCGGCAGCAGGAACCACAGUCGUGGUCACCAAUAAAGCGGCCCGUCAUCCAGAGAUUUGUCGCCGUUCGUUGACGCCGGCACUCGAAUCGAGUACGCUGCGUUUUUUGUUGUUAAACGAAAAAGCAAGUGAAGGGACAUGGUGGGCAAGAACAUGUCGAACUCGGCGAGAUUCUAGUUAGAAGGAAGAUUCGUGCGAGGAAAGAAACUUCUUCAACAAACUAGUGAAACAACGUUAGUAACAAGAGUACUGUACAGCGACCGUAUGGAUCCUGCGUUAGAUGUUCAUAGAAUGUUUGGCAUUUCAAGCUAAAUAUGGUAUAUGUAGUUAUAGGCGAUAGUGAGUGCAAUAGGUGGGAGUAUCUUCACCUGUGUGAGUGCAAUCACCUGGAAGAGUUACGUUGGUAGCGCAUUGUCGUGCAGCGGUGCAAAGAUCUACAAAAGGCCCAUUGAUCGGCAUAUUCAGAGACAUCACAGCUCCGGUACAAAGUACUGUAACCAGCAGGAUUGCACAGACCCGACGGAAGAUGGCGUGAGGCGUAUUGUCGCAGCUCGUUAACGGCGAAAGCUGUGUGACUUCCGGUGUUCCAGGAAAAUUUCACACGGCCACUCCUAGUGAUUGCGUUGAUUGGGUAGAAGACUCCGGUAACUUCUCUUCCGUAUUAGACAAGAAUAGAUAGUUUCACAACUGGUCCAACUUUUCGUACCUGGUGAAGUUCGAGAGCUGGCGUUCGUAGUGUUGCAGUCAGCAACCCGUUGCCUUCGGUUGCCAUGACUGUGGCCACGAUGACGCUUCGGGCAGCGCGGCAGCGCAACGUGGUUUUGGCUGUAGUGGGCGCCUCAAUGUUGGUCUCUCUUUUGUUACUGUCGCAGACCCAUUCACGUCUUCGGCGAGCCGAGGACGACGUCGAAAAGUGCCAACAAAAACAUGACUCAGUCGCUGCGCAACUCACUGUUUUAUAUGAACACAAGGCACGUUUGGAGAAGACACUUCAAGCAGAGAUUGAACGAAAGAAGUCGGUCGACGACGAGCUCAAAACCAUGCAGUCAGCCCUUUCUAAGGAACGAGCUGUCCAAGCAGAAAAAGUAGCAAAACUACAGCGUCAAAACGAUGAACUCAAGACUAAUCGGAACGAGGAGUACAUUAAGCUGAAGAAUACGUACGAGUCCCUGCGAAAUGACAAGGAGAAACUCUACUCGGAAAAUGAGGAGCUGAAUUUGCAGAUCCAAAAACUGAAGGAUAACAACCACAAGCUCGAAGAAGAGGUCCACAAAAUGCAGCAGAGCGAACCUAUUGAUAUGAACGAGGUGGAACGUCUCCGCGAAAGGGUCCGUCAGUGCGAUGCUGAUCAGGCCAGCCGUCAACAACAACAAACUGGACAAGGGGCAGUUGCCCCUGGACAUGAUCAUGCUGGCGACGAAAGGGUGUUACUGCCACCGAUUGAAGCUUCAAGCCGACGACCGAUUUCCCGUACGCAAUCGCGUAGGAUUCGACCCCACCUUGCGCCUUCUCUGUCACAUCCGCGCGAAUCACUCGUUGCUCCGGCGAUUCAGAAAUUCGCUCUAUCCAACGAGACGGGUGCUGGAAACGAAGUAUCACGGACCUUCGACGCGGCAGCUACGGGACAGUUUUCCGGACCGGUCAUAGCUGGUAGCGAUACAAAUGCCGGAGCAGCGAAAUCCAACGAUUCCUUAGCCCAGGCUGGCGCCCCGGAUGAGAUGACGCCGGAUAUGGCUGUUCUUCCGGUGCCUCAGGGAAAAAAUUUGGGAGUUUCCUCGAGCGCUAAGCCUUUACCAGUUGCUGGUGAAGCAGUUGACGUUGCGGAUGCACCCGCAGGAGCUGAGGCUGCUGGCGGCGAUGAGAACAAAGGAAUUUUAAACGUUCCGCUUGAUUCCAUGCAGCAGGCUGAUGCAGCAGGCGAGCGCAAAUCUCUCCUAGGUCAUCAAUUCGGUGCGAAUGUCGAUCGAAACGAGGUAGCGGUGUUUCGUCAAAACGGCAACGCGAAGGCCGUCGAGAAGGAGGAUCGAGAUUAUCCCGAUAAUUUGAAGGAUGAUGACGCAGGGCCAGAUGACGGCGAAGAGGGUGGCGGUGGAAAUGACAACAAAAAAAAUCCGCAGGCUCCACAACCGGGUGACGAAAAUGAUGCCGUCGCAGGCAACGUCGCCCUUGAAGACCUCAAUAACCACAACGCCGCUGGUGGUGCCGCAGUUGGUAGUAAUCUCAAAUUAAACCCUGAUUUUGAGGACCCUAAUAUCAAUGUCAACGUUGAGCCACCACGCGGCGUGAAGGUUCUUCCAAAGUGAAAGAAUAGUUACAGAACGUAAAUAAAGUUGAAUUAAAGUUCUGGUUCGAAUACACCGAAAAGCUGGUCGUAGUAGCUUUUUCCUAUGGGUAUUUGACUAUUUCUCAAUGGUUUCUCAUUGCUCCGAUUUAACUAACAUCUCAAGACGCAGCAGAAUUGUUUUAAAUGUUUCAGUGACUUACUUUUUUGGCUUUUUUUUUUUUUAGUAGAAUUUAUCUCUAAACAUUUCUAGCGAAUUUGUAUGUGUGUAUGAACAUGUAUUGUAAAGGGACACUGUCCCGUUCCUAAAAUGCAAAAUAUUGUACUGUUAACGUGGUUGGAACGAGUUGCGAAGAUGAAAUCUAUGAAUGGGUGACCCAAAAACCAAAUCGUAAUAGGUACAUGUACCCGAUAAGAUAGAGGAGAUAAGAUAUCGUUUUUUUUUUUCGAAUAAUGAUGAAAGCUAAUUAUAAUGACGAUAUUGAUGAUAACGUUAAUAAUAAUGGUUUUUAUGAUAGGCACAAGUAAUUGCUGAUGCAAGGCAUUUUGCGUAAAAACAGAGGACUACAAUUUGUCUGUGCUCGGUUUCCGCUGAACGCGUCAACCGCUAGGCCGAUGACUCGCUUCAUUGUCGAACGAACGAAGGAAGGAAGGAACACCUUUCGUGCACCUCGACAAAUGAUUUGCCGAGUGUGCAGAAGUGAUUGUUAUUAACUAACGGGACACAACCUGAAUCAGUAAAUAAAAAGCCGUCACUAAAUCCCAGGCCGGAUGAAGUAAAAAACUGUAGAAACUAUUGCUUAUUUUAAACACUACGAACACCCAUCAGCGCCCUUUUCGCUCGAGAGGCACUUAGCCUCGUCUGCAGUGUUCUUGACCGCCGUGAACUAGAGAAAAAAGAAUGUAUUGAUCCUUUUUAGGAGAAAUGUACAGUAUUGAAUUCAGAGUAGUGAACCGUCUACAAUUGUCGAAUAUGCUUAGCCAUGAAGAUGCUGCUAGCGACAGUUGAUACUAUGAGGUGCGGGGACAAGCGUCCCGAUGGAACGUUCUUCGGACGCGAGCCUCACAAUAAAAGCGAGUGAACUGACGUUGUCGUCUACCGUAUAAAAGAGUCGAUACAGAUAUGGCCAACUAAAACACAGUAACUGUAAAUAUAUGUACACCAAGUAAACAUGAGUAGCGACUAAGAAGCUUACUACUGGAAAAUGGCUGUCAUUUUUGUUACGCUCUGCGUCAAAGGGGAGCGGGUGCUCGUUAACGUUGAUCGACGACAUUAACAGUCUUCGAAAAAAAUCCAUACAACAGAUCCUUAGCGCUUAGCUCACAGGCAGGUGCUUACUGAUAAAAGCGUGAGAUACCCGUUUCGAAAACGCAGAAAAGAAUCUCCAAAAUAAUGUUAUGUUUUUUUUCUAAAGCAAUGCAUCUUCGUAGCGCUUCCCGGACUGCGAGCAUGGAUUGUCUCUAUGUCCCUGUGUGUAGAUUUUGGAGAUGAGAGAUCUAUUACCUUCAAGAGAUUUCAGUUGAAUUACUUUAAUUUUGGUUAUCGCUGCAGCUCUUUAAGCGUAUUCAGGUAUGAAUCCCGAAAUGCCUACAGGAUAGAGGCGCGUUUGUGUUGCCUUCCUUUGAUCCGAGCGAGGACGAUAUUCAUUUUGCCUUCGUAAGAUCAGGACUACUGCUACCGUAUAUUAUUACAUUUAGGAUAACGCUUUCAGUUUGGGUGCACGAGGAAUAAGCCUAGUGUCCGCCGCCGUAAUGGAAUCGGCUGGUUACAAGUCGUUCACCCUCAAUGCAGAGUACACAACUCUGAAUGUUUGGCAUAAAAACAAAAGCUAAGGCUAAUAACUGUCUUGCAGGAUCUCGACGCUACCGUCUGCUGCUUUCUACGAGUUUACGGUGGCUAAUGAAAGCAGAGAUCCAAUUCCUUAAUUAUUUUUCGUAACGUUUCCAGACUAUAUACAAUCAAUAUUCUACUAUAAUGGGUCAUUCUGCUAUAGUGUGCUCGGUCUAGUUUAUUCGAAAAAUGUAUAAACCAUCGGCUUUGUGGACUAUUUCGCAUGUUUUCAUCGUGAACGCAAGGCAUUCAGGCCGUAGGACAGCGGCAUAAAUAAGUAACACUUUGGCUGCGUAUGGGCAAUAUAAGUAGGUUAUAUAAGGUUGAUUUUUUCAUUUAUAUCAGCGAUUGCCGAAAAAAACGAUAUAAUCAUCAAUGUUGUCCGUCUCGACAUUACUCGGCUUUAAAUAUUCGGAAAUAAAAUUAACAAUACCAAAUUUUGUAAAAGUAAAGUUUGUGACUUCAUUAACCAACUUCAUCGAUGAUGUUUAGUCGACUGAUUUAUUAUAGAAUAAAAGAAAGCAUAUCAAUUUACUGAUCGUGCAAUAUUUCGAGUGGCUUGAUGAA